GCGGCGGCCACGAUGAGCGCGGGCGACGCCGUGUGCACGGGCUGGCUCGUCAAGUCGCCCCCCGAGAGGAAGCUACAGCGCUACGCCUGGCGCAAGCGCUGGUUUGUCCUGCGGCGCGGCCGCAUGAGCGGCAACCCCGAUGUCUUGGAGUACUACAGGAACAAGCGCUCAAGCAAGCCCAUCCGUGUGAUAGACCUCAGCGAGUGUGCAGUGUGCAAGCAUGCGGGUCCUGGCUUUGUUCGCAAGGAGUUUCAGAAUAAUUUUGUGUUCAUUGUCAAGACUACUUCUCGUACAUUCUAUCUGGUGGCCAAGACUGAGGAGGAAAUGCAGGUGUGGGUGCACAGCAUCAGUCAGGUCUGCAACUUCAGCCACCUGGAGGACGGUGCAGCAGAUUCCGUGGAGAGCCUCUCUUGCAUGCCCUCCUCCCUCCAGCCGUCUCCUGCCAGCUCUCUUCACACGGCCUAUGCUGUCAGCUCCUCUUUGCCAAAAGAUGACCCAAGCACUAGUACUGUAGCCACUGAGGAAACCAGAAGUGAGUCAGAGUUUCUCUUCCUUCCUGAUUAUCUGAUUUUGUCCAACUGUGAGACUGGAAGACUGCACCAUGCCAGUCUACCCACCAGGUGUGAUAGCUGGUCAAACUCAGACCGUUCAUUGGAACAGACUUCAUUCGAUGACGUUUUUGUCGACUGUCUACAGCCGCUGCCCUCUAGUAACUUGGUCCACCCCUCAUGCCAUGGGAAUGGAUCUCAGGAGGCGCCUUCCACAAGGCCUCAGGCUGCCCUAAUGUGGAGUAGAGAUAUAAAUGGGCCAUCCAGGGACCACUUUUCUUCACCAUUGCUGGAAACUUCCUUAAAUCCCACCAUUCAGGUAGAUAAAAACCAAAGUUCCUUGCCCUAUGGGGUAAAAGAAGUAGACAUUAUGUCCAACACACCACCUCCCCGCCCCCCUAAGCCAAGCCAUCUCUCUGAACGGCGCCAAGAGGAGCAGCUCCUGUGGAGUGGGCACAGCAGCAUCAAGAAGCCAGACUGCACUAUGGUACCAAGAAGAAUCUCCCUCUCUGGUUUAGAUCACAUGAGAACCUGGAAAGCUGAUGUAGAAGGCCAAUCCUUAAGACACCGAGACAAGCGGCUUAGUUUAAAUUUGCCAUGCAGAUUCUCCCCAAUGUACCCCACAGCUUCAGCCAGUGCCGAAGACAGCUACGUGCCCAUGGGCCCCCAGGCCAUUGCCUCUGGUCUUGCAACCCACUGCAGCCCUGAUGAGUACAUCCCAAUGAGCUCAGGAAGCAUCUCAAGCCCACUGCCUGAGCUACCUGCAGACCUGGAGCCUCCCCCAGUGAACAGAGAUCUCAAGCCUCAGAGGAAACCACGGCCACCUGCCCUGGACCUGAGAAACCUCUCCACCAUCCGGGAACACGCAUUGCUAACCAGGACUCACACUGUGCCGUGCAAUCGAACCAGCUUUCUCUCUCCAGAAAGAAAUGGUAUUAAUUCUGCAAGAUUUUUUGCCAAUUCUGCUUCCAGAGAAGAGGAAGAAAGCUACAUCCAAAUGCAGGAGCACAGAGCAGCCAACUCCCUGAGCAGUGGUGCUCUGACGUGGACGAAGAAAUUCAGCCUGGAUUAUUUAGCCCUGGACUUCAAUUCAGCAUCACCAGCCCCUGUACAGCAGAAACUUCUCCUUUCAGAAGAACAAAGAGUAGACUAUGUCCAAGUGGAUGAGCAGAAGACACAAGCUCUCCAGAGCACAAAGCAGGAGUGGACGGAUGAGAGACAAUCUAAAGUGUGAGAGAUGUGGGUUUGGGCUGUGUGUGAGAUUGGGAAGCUUGGGGCUUGCUUUGAGUUUUUUGCUAGAAUUGCACUGAUGGUCAACGCCGGUCAAGAUUCAGAGAGAAUGUGUAAUUUCUGUGGGCUUGGCAAGAAUCUUUGGGAGAGAGGAUCUAUUUGUACACAUUGAACAGGGAAAAGAAGGAAGCAGUCUUCUCGCAGAGGAGGCUCUGAGGGAGUCCAGGCCCUGCCGCUGCCCCCACCUGUCAUAGCAGUUUCCUUCUCUGGCCACACUUGCUCAUGCCCAGAGCCUCAUGGAUGCUUGGAGUUGGCUCCACAGUCACAAGAGGCAGAGACGGAGGAUUCCACAGCCAUGGACUGAGAUGUAGAAAACCCCAUUCAUUCAGGCAGAGUUGGAACAAUAAAAACAAGACUUGGGAGAAUAUUUUUCCCAGAGUUUGGUUAAAAAUCUCUACAGUGAAGCAUUCGUAGUGCAGAUUGGAGUCAGUAUUACUACUGACAGGAUGACAUCUUUUGACUCCAAUACCUGAAAUUCUGACCUCUCUCUUGUGCUUCCUUUGGAAUCAUAAAUUAUCCCAGCAGAGAGGCGCCUGGAGACCAUCCUGUCCCUGCCCCUAAAGACACGGUUGAGGAGAUCAAACCCAGCAAUGGUGACAGAAUCUGCACUUCUUACUCCAAAAACUCCAGCAGACAAGUCAUUUCUAUCCCCAAAGAAAGACAAUUCAAGUGACAGAGGCAAUGAGUCCUGGGCUCCAGGUUGAGCAUAUCAGAUGACACCAGUGGCUCUAAAUGUCGUGGUUAAGCAGCUACCUGUGGCUGAGUGUUCCGUUGCUGUUGGCCUUUUCCCAAAAUGCUUUCACAUGCAUCGUCUCAUCUCUUCCCCUAAAAGACUUUGGAUGCUCGGCUUGGCAAAGAUUGUUGUUCCCACUUUGAAGAAAAGAAAGUUGAGAAGCAGAGGAGGGAACACUUUGCUCAAGAUCACUCACAGAGCCAAGACACAGAGUCAGGCUUAGAAUACAGUUGGCCAGGCUGUCCAUUGCAGGCUCAUUCCACCACCUCACACUGCCUCUGAGGAGUGUGAUGAAAUCUAUCAGUUUGGUCAACCUCGGAGGUGUGUGGGAAAACAUGUACAGACACAAGUUGAGUCAUCAUCUCCUCUCCAUUUCAUAGGAUUUUGAGCAGGUGUUUUUGUACUUGAAAGGUAUGCAUGUCAAGCCAAUGUUUCUUUAUAUGGUGUCCAAAUGGGGAACUCUAACAUAAUCAGUAGUUACCAUUAGAAAUACCUCUUGAUGAUCAGUGUGAAAUCCAUUCUUGGAUCGUGUGGUCCCCUUGCAAUGUAUUUCCCGUCAGCUGGCUAAUACUGGCAGAAGAAUAUUUGCGACCUUGGGGAAGACACAAAUCAUCCCGGGCUAUCCUAUGCUGGACCAAAGCUUUUGAGUGAUAAAGAGUUAUGACCACAAAAACAAACAAACAGAAAAACAAUGAGUUCCAUUCUCAGGUUUCCUGGCUAAUUUUUCCCUUCUGCUUUAGUGAUGACUAGGUCCCUUAUGGAACACUGGGGUUCAGGGGAUCCAGAUGAAAGUUUCAAUCAGGCAUGGGAUUUUACUUAAUUUCCCUUCCUGAUCCUUCUGAACACCUGCAGCAAGAAGACAGAUCUGAACAACCAAUAAUUAAGCCGAUACUGGUCUGCCAUUCUGACUGGCACUAUGUCGUACAUAUAAGGAUGAAUCAAAUAGGCAGGCAGGUCUACAACAGUCAGGAUUAAUCAAAGCAGUUUUAGGCUUUGCUGCAGGGUUUCAGGGUUUCAGACUGCCCCAAAGGUAAGUAAAUGCCAAAGUCUUAGUUUUUCAUACCAUGAAAGAAGUAAUUUUGUUGUUCAAAGCAGCAGGAUCUGGUAACAUAAUUUUCUUCCUGGAGCAAGGUGAGGAAAAGUUGCUGAGUGCCUUAACUGAGUGAAGAGUCCUUAAUGAGCCUGGGCAGAGCAAGGAGCGGGCUCCCCACAGCUGUGGCCAGCUCCACAUCACUGCACACCAGCUGGAGCCUGUAAGGAGCUGCCUUUUUCCCUAUGGGACUUGCGAAGAGUCACAGAGCCUCAGGCAAGAAUCCAGGUGUGCAGACUGCCAGUUCCCAUAGAUGGUAGCUUCCUUAUGUGUGGAGCACCUGUGUUUAGAUCACUGAUUACUGACAAAGGCUGGUGCAGAAAAAUUGUAUGUCCAAAUGUCAAGAACCAUACCAGAUUGAAGAUAGAUCAGAAAAGUAAAUACAUCUGAAACUAUGUCAGUAGUGAAAUGUCAUCCAACUGACCAAAAAAAAACAAAAACAAAAACAAAACACAACUGUUUCUACAGGGACGUAUUUCUGCACAAAGCAAUACACAGUUGAGUGGUGUUACUUGUUUGGAAGUGAUUAAUUAGGGAUUAAAAAAACAAAGAUGACUUCACCCUCAUUUCCAGGGUGUAUGCGAUUAUGUCCUGCUUUGAUAAAACUGCUAAUGGGUAGCUACACAAAUGUGUAAUGAGUCAGGGAUACAAAGUACAGGCAGUUUUUGAGCUGACAGCAGCAUAUGCUCCUGAGAAAGUCACCAUAAGUCAAAACAAUGCUGGCUAAUCUUGUUUUCUGGUGGAGAUAAUCCAUGUGUAACAGUGGGCUAUGAUUCUGACCAGGGUCUGAGGGUUUUUUUUUAACAGAAAUGAUCCCAGAUAUUCCAAGUCAAGUGCACACGGCGUGUCUGUACACUGUGCGGGGUGCACCUUCCUAGAGGAUUGGGGAAUCAACCUAAGGACAAUGCAGCAGUUACUCCCACAUUGUUUUCUCUAGUUCCUUUCUGCUUUGUUUCCUUCUGGCUCAUUUCGUUAGGGAAUUCCUCCAGAUCAGGAGUUGUGCAGUGCAGAAGAGAGGACCGAAGGGUCUCAAGCCUGCAAGUACCUAAGGCCACAAGCCCAGGAAUGUUGGGAGUUAAGCUUUCCUUGGGGAGGGAGGAGCCCUGGGGCCCAGCACACAGCCUGGCUACAAUGGCACGGAGUGAUCCUGUGGGGGUCAGUGUCCAGGCCACUUCACUAUGGAGCAAGGAUCAGCUGAAUCAUGGCCUUUAGGUCCCAAUCGAGACUGAAGGCUCCCUUCAGGACUGGCUUUCUCCCUUCAGGCCUCCUCAGUCCCUGUUCAUACCAUCUUUGUACUCACAAUCAUGCAGGUUUUUAAAAAUUCAUUCUGUUUUUACUAAUUCAUUUCCAGCAUUAAUAAAAGUCUUAUAAGGAGGAGUCAUGACUUAAGUUCUCUCUUAUUUUUUUUAAGUGAUGACAUCCAGUAUAAAUACAGAACACCUUUUGAAAGCUGAGUAUGUGAAAAUAGACUUCAUUGCCAUUUUCAAGUACAACAAACUUAACCUGACUCACGUGUAAUGACCUACACACAUGUUUUUUCACUGCAAACAGUUGAGCAGAUGGCUGUAAUGAGUACAGCUUCUGCUCAGCCAAACCACAUCUUCACAUCUUUUUUCUACAUCAGAAACUAGCUUUAAUAAUUGGCAGUGAUAUCAAUGGCCCUCCCUGAUACCAUGUAUAACAUGACCUUCGUCAUUACUGACAUUAAAAAGCAACAGACCCCAGCCUGCCUCUGCCCAGCAGGCGUCUUUUGUGCCACCACCUCCCUUUUCUCUAUGGCUGAGGCCCCCAGCUGCCAUAGGUGCUGGGUCAGUGGCAUCUCUAGGCCACGAAGCAAGGCUGGGACACCAGAGUAGUGGGGGCUCAGUUUGGGGGAAACAGGCCAAAGGCAGACAGGAGACAGGUUCAGGGAAUCCUGGGGCUGAGAGAAAAGAGGAGAAGCCACAUGAAAUUCCUUGCCCUGAUAUAGUAUGAGGCCGACCACCAUGAACGCAUUUUCCUGACACACCCAGUCCAGACUCAGCCCCUGACCCAAAGAAGAGCAGCUUGGCCCACAGAACUGACCUGAGAAGCAGGGACCAGGAAACCUAACCUACAGGGGCCUUGAACCCCAGGCCUCUUAUGCUCUGGCCCCUUUAAUCUAUGAGACGCCUCCCUAAGUUUCCAGCUUCCUACUUCUCCUUUAUUUCCCUUGAUCUUAAAUUGCAUUUAUUGUUAUCAUUUCCUUAUUUUAAUUGUGCUAUUUGUCUUAUAAAUUUAGUUUUUAUUUUCUGCAACUGAGAGUGUCUGGCAUGGAUGCAGGCUGGAACAGGGGGCCCAAUGGGAGAGAAAGCAGAGCUGAAAUGCAGACCCGCCACACACAGGCACUACAUUUAUGACAGAGGGAGCACUGGAGACCCUUAGGGACCUGAACACCUUUCCAAUCAAGGGUGCUGGGUCACUGGAUGGAGAGCCACGUGGACAAUAAUGAACCUUGACCCCACUCUGCUGCCAUGCACAAACAUCUAUUCCAGGUGGACCUCAACUGGGAAGGCAGAACAGUCAAUUUGACCUGUUCCCUCCACUUUAUUAGGUCCAUUUUGCUUCUGUCCACCACUGCUAUUUGGGUCUUUGUUUCAUGGUCAAAACCUCUAUUUUAAUGAGUUUUAGCCUUUGUUUGCCUUCAUGUAAAAGAACACAACCUAACUGUUUUAUGUCUGUCUUGAAACUUUAAAUUAUUUCAACUUUUUGUUCUUUAAU